AUGUUUGUGGCAGUGCGUGCGAGGGCUUGCACGGUGAAGGACGACAAUGCAGCGACUGCGCUGGCGCCUGGACUUCUAGACGCCGCCGUGGUGAAGGAGGAGCGCCGCAUAGCUUUUGCAGCAAAUGGCAGUGAAUUGCUGCUGGUCAACACGCUGUGUCGCCUGGACUGCCUGCCCUUCAGCCUGGACCAGCUGCCGCAGAACUUUGACAAGUUCAGGCAGCGGAUCGAGGGUGUGCAGCAGCGGCGAGGGCGGCAGCCCCAGGGCGGCGAGGGCGAGGCGUUGCGCCAGCUGCAGCGCUUUGUGGCGGCGGCGAGCGCCCUGGGCGCCGCCUACGGCUCCAACUUCUCCUCCAACAUCGCGCCCUGGCUGGCCACGGGCUGCCUGUCGCCGCGGCGCAUGCUGGAAGACGCGCGGCGCGCGCUGGCGGCCCCCACGGCAGCUGGUGCCACGCCGGCGGCCUCGCGCCAGCUGCAGGCGCCGCUGGACUGGGUGCGGUGUGAGCUCUACUGGCGCGACUUCUUCCGCCUCCUGUCCCGCAAGUACAGCUCCAUCUCAAGGGCCAGGCUGGGCAGCAGCAGCGCCACCGCCGCCGCAGCCGCCGUGGCCACUUGA